UGCGAUUUGACAUUCAUAUUUGUCAUGCUUAAAAGGCGUCAAAGCUCGCCUGGUCCCGAAAAUUGAGACUAAAAAAAGUCGUAAUUUUUCAUGGUUUUCUUAGUUUACCUCUUUUCUGAAAAAAUAUUUUGUUAACACAUGUAAUGUAAAAAAAGUUAUAUUUCUAAGACCUUUCAUUUGAUAUCAAGAAAAAGGGGCUGGCUCCUCAAAUUAGGGGACCAUAGGGCUCUAAAGUCUUUCAUCUGUAGCCCUUUACUGAGGGAUAUUUUGUGAAAGGUUAUAGAAGCAAAUGUGUUAAUUUAACAGUUAUGUAUCCAAGCAAGGUAAUGAUUUUAUCAUGUAUUACGUCAUAAGGGUGUUUUAGGGGCCAAUUGUCCAGAAUUUUGAUCAGCCAUAUCUCAGAAAGGAAAAAUAUUUUGAAAUGCAGUAUAGAAGAAAAGAUGCUCAAAAUGAUGUACUAGAUAAUAUGCAAUCUUCAAAAUUUCGUUAAACGGCCCCUAUAAGGAGAUAAGGGAUCGGCCCCUAAAACGUUAUUUCCUAUAUAUCUCAAGAACGGUAACGAAUUUCUGAACAUUGGAGACAAAAUGUCUUCAGAAUUAAAUUACCUUUCAUUUGAUUUUAAGAAAAAGAGGCUGGUCCCAUAAAUUAGGAAACCAAAGGGCGCUAAAGUCUGUUAUCUAUAGCUCUUUACUGAGAGCUAUUUUGUAAAAGGUUAUUAAAUCUUAAUUUGAAUAAUACUUUUAUAUAUCCUUACAAUAUGAUGAUUUUCUCUUGCGUUACCUAAUUAGGGGUUUUGGGGGCCAGAGGUAAACAAGUUUAAUCUUUUCUAUCUUAAUUGGAAAAAAUGCAAGCAUUUAAAAAAGCAUUGUGAGAGAACGUAUAAAAAGCGAUACAGAAAAGCAUUUAUUUAGUUCUUCACUCCUUUUACCAUAUCAUGUUUGUCGUAAAUCAAAGUCGAUGAUGUCAUAUUUCCUAAAAAUCGGACGGAAGACCUUCUCGUUGCUUGCAACGAGAUCUUGUCUAGUUAUUAUUAUUGUUAUUAUGCAAUUCUUGCAUUACAUAAAUAAUAUUCUUACACAUAGAUCUAGAAAACAAUUUCCAUAGGAAGAAGAUAUAAGGGUUUGUGAACUACAUAAUUCUAAUUGUUGACUGUGUGAUAAUAUCUCAAUAAUAUCCAAAUUUAAGCACUUGUUAUAAUUACUAAUCUUAUAACUUAUUCUCGGUGAAAUGAUUCAAUCUAAUCGAAUCAGUUAAUUAGAUAUAAUAAACAAUACACCGGUAGCAGGUAAUUUUGAUUUAUUAAUUCAAUAUAUGCAACUUUAAAAAUAGAAAAAAAUAAUAAUAAAUAAAGACCAUAAUAUUCGUUCACCACAAAGCCAAGUAGCUGAGGUUUUAGAUACUGAUAGCAUUGCAAUAUUGUAUUACAAAUGGCACAUGAUAGUCUGAACGAUCUGGAUUUGAAGAUGCCCAAGAAAAAUGGAUCUUGCAAAAAAAUUGGAUCUUGUAAAAUUGUCUAUAUUUUUAUUUUAGUUUUUACACAUGAUUUAGUAGAAUUCGAAAAGUUUUAACAAAACAGUGAAUUGCAUUCUUUUUCAUGAUCGUUUUCUUGCUUUAUAUAUUUUUCAAAUAUUUCAUUUUGGUGUUAAUAACGUCAUCAGCAUUAGUGCGUGCAUGUUUUUGUGGAAAUACUGUGAAAACAUUAUGAAAACAAGAAUGAACAGAAUUUCCUUUUUAUCUUCAGUAAUAGCAUUGAUUGACGCGAAACAAAGACAAUCUGGAUCAAAUCGUCAGUCAAGAAAUUCCCGUUGGGGGCGCUCUGGGACGUCCAAAACUGAGGACACGUCUGACAGCCAAGUACGGACAGCCAUUUUGCUGGGGACAGUGUUUGGAGCUUCAAGCUGGAAGAGUCGUUCCAAUUACAAAAAUAAAGGAGAACUUCCACAAAUCUGUUAUAAUGAUAAAUAUGAUAUGUACAAUUUGGACGAUGCAUAUGUCUCGUACGAAGGGCGGUUUGUUUGUCCCACGGACGACACAAUGGGAGACGGGGAGUCAAUUUGCUGUGGUCAAGAAGGUCAACAAUACUGCUGUAAUUUUUGGGAAAAAAUUAAGUCUUACGGCGUCGGACCGAUUGUGGGCAUUGUCAUUGGGAUCAUUGCUUUCGUGGCAUUGGUCUUCGUCCUGACUUUUUGUCUCAUCAAGAAUCGCAAAGCGUUGCGUUGUUUAAUCAAAAUGAACGACGCUGUAUCGGAAUAAGACGACGACCAAAAUGGACCACAAUGGAACUGCAAUGAACCACAGUGAAAUCACAAUGAACCACAAUGAACUUUGCAUUAAGUAAAUACGUUCAUAAUAUGUUGGUAUAAUGAUUAGAAAAAUUUCCAUUUGAUGAUUUUCACGUAAUUGCAGUUCAUUUUCAUUGACUAUGCUCGUAAAGUUUUUAAUUAAAAGUCGCUACAAUAAUAAAAGAAUAUGAGCUGCAUUAUUUAGAAUUUUAUUUUGCUGCCAAACAUGCUUUCAUGAUUAUUCUGCUUAUAGAUAAAACCUUCAUAAUAUACCAAAUUAAAUUAAAACAAGAUUUUUGUAAAAAUCGAUAUAAAAUGGAAUUUCUAGCGAAAUAUUAUUGUAUAAGACAACAGUAAGACAAUAAUUUUAUAUUUUGCUUGUUAUACAUAUACUCUCUCAUUUAAUUUUUUUUUUUGGACAAUCCAUAUCUAACGAAUAUGAAUAUAUUUGUAAAAAUUUGGAAUUGCUGUAGUUAAAUUGAAAUACUUUUACAAAGAAAAUUUCCAACGGAAAAAUUACAGUACAUGCUGCUUUGAUUACGUUUAUAUAACAUAUCUAAUAAAUAAAACCCGCAUUACGGUAUGGGAACUCUGGGUAGAAUUCUAGUAAAUAAUCAAAGAACAGUGUAUUUUAAUUAAAAUAUCAUACAAGAUAUAUUUAGAAUAGGUCUCGUUACUUUAACGACCCAUUUCAUGAACAUAUGGUUACUGGAUUAGGAAUUAUAGUAAGCAGGGCCUUAUCAAAACAGGUGUAAAUUAUUCGGAGGGGCCUGGUUCUACCUAGAUGCGCGACACUAUAAACAGAGAAUUACGCGAUAAAUGAAGGAUGUCGGAAAUCGCCAUAUCCGUUGAUUAGACAUUCAGAAUUAGAAUAAAAUAAAAUAUGAAUUUUGAUUUCAAAUCAUUCAAAUAGGUUCAAAUACAUGUAAUAUAUAAAAUAAUUUGACUUAAAAUUAUUUUGAGGACGUUAGCCAUCGGCAGGCAUGUUCACGAAACUUUCCCGAGAUAUGACCUAACUCAUCUUCGCUAGUCAAGGGUUUUCGGUUUAAUGGGGAGCGGAGUGGACCGAAAACCCUUGGCAAGCGAAGAUGGACCUAGUAAGUGUGUUCCUAGGAUAUGACUUAGAAACAAAGUUAGGAAAAGACGCGCCCACGCCAAGGGAUAGAGCAGACUAAUUGAUGUUUCCGGUCAGAGAUUAUGGAGACACUUUUUUAUUCGCAUAAAAUAUUUUUGGAGACUUUCUGAUUGCAAUAUCUACUAAAAGAGAUGCUCAAAUAUUUAGUGUAUAUAUUUUAACUUGCAUCUGAUUACUUAAAUUGAAUUUAAGAUCUUUAUGAACUCUAGAAUGUGAGACUUUUUUCGUUGUUUUAACAAGUUACUCUAAAAAAUAUACAUGUUUAAUUGUUUAUGUUCUAGUACAUAAAACUCAUUAUAACACAAUAUUUUUUAUUAUUUGAUACUAGGCGCUAAAUGUAUGUAAUAUUAUCAUACGGCUUGUAAAUAUUCAUGGUACUACUGAUGCUAAGAAUGUUAUGUAUAUCUAUACAUGUAUGUAACUGUAUAUAAAAUCAAAGUACAGAAAAUCUUGAGAAGAGCAAUUGUAUUGAAAUAGGUUUUUAUUUCUUGUGAAACAUAUUAUGUUCUUUAAAAAUGAUCAUCGUUGCAUAUUUUUUGCUUUGUUUUGAAUGAUUAAGCUAGGUGAAACAAUUGAAAUAUUUCAAAUGUUAAUAAAAAUUAAUAUCAUAGAUAAUUAAUGUAAGUUAUCUAGUUUUUCUCACAUACUUAUUUAAAAAAUAUGAACUUUCAAAGAUUUUAUUUAAAUAAUUGCUAAUUUUAAAUCAAUUAAAUAAGAUGUCAGUGAUUUUCGUCUUUUAAAUUUGACGGGUGUAGUUAUUGCGAUACUAGUAUUUAGGUAAUUACCUAUUUCCAGUGAAUCAUUUGUAAAUUGUAAAGGUAAUAAUCUCUAUAUGCAUAUUUAUAACCAACAUGGGGUUUUUUAUGUUAAUAUUCACAGGUAAUUUUCAUAUAUUUUAAACGUUUCUGUUAUGGGUGAUGUUUCAUCUUAUUCUGUCAUUUUAUUUCAUAUACAUUAAGAUUUUAAUAAAUUGUAUUCACUCCAAUAUCAUACAUAAAUAAACGACAAACACAAGACUUGUUGCAUGUUCAAGUUGUCUAAAAGAAAGUGGCGUCAAAACGUCAAUAUAUUUUGCAAUAUUUUUACCAAAGGGUUAACAUAUUUAAAUGUAGAAAGUUGUUGUCAAAGAUUACUAUACUAUAGUACAGGCACUACGCUAUAGCGUGCAAUGAGGACGAAAACUCUCAUAUAUUUUGCUGUCAUUUUCUCAUGUGAGUAUGAUAAUUAUCAUUAAUAAACUUGUUUAA